GAGGGACUCUCCUGCGCUCCUGUACUGGAGGUGCCGCCUGAUCAUAUCUCCCAAACGUUUUUUUUUUUUUUUUUUUUUAAAUUUAUUAUUUAUAUUUCUUUUCUUCUUUUUUUUUUUACAAUAAGGCUGGAUUAAUUCAACAUUUUAAGGCAUAAUGAUACUCCGAUACUUACUACCAUUAUCCUUCCUCUUCCUUCACACGUUCGCGCAAGACGGCGAGCAGGAGGACGACACGUCUUUCGACUUGUUCGAAGUUAGCCGCAUAAGCCGCAAGACACUGGGGGCCAAACAGUUCCGAGGCCAGAACUCGGAUGCCCCCGCGUACCGCUUCAUUCGCUUCGACCACUUGCCCCCUGUGAGCCCCGUCAUCCUGGGGCAAAUAAUUGGCCAGAUCCAAAACAACGAGGGCUUCGUGUUCGUGGCCAGUAUCCGCCAGGAUCGCAGCUCUCGGGGGACCUUGCUGGGCUUCGAGGGUCCCGACGGACAGCGCCAGUUUGAGAUCGUCUCCAACGGACGUGCCAACUCCCUGGAUCUGGUCUACUGGUUGGAAGGUGCCCAGAACAUCGUUUCGUUCGAAGACGUGGACCUGUCCGACUCCCAAUGGAAGAACAUCACGCUUCAGGUCCACGGGGAGAACGCCAACCUGUACGUAGGCUGCAACCUGGUGGACAGCGUCAUCCUGGACGAGCCUUUCUACGAGCACCUGCAGGCAGAGGGUAGCCGCAUGUAUGUUGCCAAAGGAGCCAUCCGGGAGAACCACUUCAGGGGUCUUCUGCAGAAUGUUCGUUUCAUCUUUGACACCACAAUCGAGGAUGUCCUGCUGAGUCGAGACUGCGAAGUUUCUAAACAAGAUGAUGCCAAUAUUGUGAGCGAGAGCACGGAGAUUGUGGACGUGAGUCCUUCCAUCACCACCAACAUCAUAGGCCAGAAAAGAGUUGAUGCAGGCUCAGACAUGUGCGACCGCUCCUGCGAGGAACUCAGCACCAUGUUCCAGGAGCUCAAUGGCCUCCGAGUGGUAGUCAGUAACCUCAUUGACGGCUUGCAAAAAGUGACAGAGGAGAACACCGUCAUGAAGGAGGCCCUCGGAAAGAUGAAGAACACCAAAGAGAAGAACAUGUGUUGGCAGGAUGGCCGACUGUUCGACGACAAGGAAGACUGGGUUGUAGACAGCUGCACCAAAUGUACCUGCCAGGAAUCCAAAGUAGUGUGUCACCAAAUUACCUGCCCCGCAGUGGCCUGUGCCAGCCCUACAUUUAUUGAUGGCGAGUGUUGUCCUGUGUGCCUGCCUAAAGGCAGUGAACAUGGCUGGUCCCCAUGGUCUGAGUGGACGGAGUGCACGGUCACUUGCGGGACAGGAACUCAACAGAGGGGAAGGUCUUGUGACGCCACCAGUAACCCCUGUACAGGACCUUCGAUCCAAACUCGCAAGUGCAGCCCAGGAAAAUGUGACAGUCGUGUUCGCCAGGAUGGAGGAUGGAGCUUGUGGUCGCCUUGGUCGUCCUGCUCGGUGACCUGCGGAGAUGGCCAGAUCACCAGGAUACGACACUGUAAUGCCCCCAUGCCUCAGCUUGGGGGAAAAGACUGUGAAGGCAAUGGUCGAGAGACUCAGCUCUGCACUGCAGAGCCUUGUCCGAUUGAUGGAGGUUGGGGGCCUUGGUCUCCAUGGGCAACCUGCUCAGCAACAUGUGGUGGUGGAAUUAAAAGCAGAAAACGUGAAUGCAACAGUCCUUAUCCUCAGUAUGGCGGCAGGAAGUGUAUCGGAGAGGUCAACGACAGAGACAGCUGUAACAAAAAAGACUGUCCUGUUGAUGGCUGUCUGUCUAACCCAUGCUUUGGAGGGGUGGACUGCAACAGUUCUCCAGACGGCUCUUGGGAGUGUGGGCCAUGCCCUGCCGGCUUCCGUGGAAAUGGUACCUACUGUGAAGAUAUCAAUGAGUGUGAUAUGGUUUCUGACAUAUGCUUCAACGUGGGCGGACAGCAGCGCUGCGUCAACACCGAUCCAGGGUUCCAUUGCCUGCCUUGCCCUAAACGCUACAAGGGCACCCAACCAUUUGGGAUGGGAGUGGAGGAAGCCAAGAUAAACAAGCAGGUGUGUGAGCCAGAGAAUCCCUGCAAGGACAAGACACACAACUGCCAUAGAUCAGCUGAAUGUAUAUACCUGAGCCAUUUCAGUGAGCCUAUGUAUAAGUGUGAGUGUCGCACCGGUUAUGCUGGCGAUGGCUAUAUCUGUGGGGAAGACUCAGACCUUGAUGGCUGGCCUAAUAACAACCUCGUGUGUGGAGCCAAUGCAACCUACCAUUGCAAGAAGGACAACUGCCCCAACCUGCCCAAUUCUGGACAAGAAGACUUCGACAAAGAUGGUCAAGGAGAUGCUUGUGAUAAAGAUGACGACAAUGACGGGAUCCUGGAUGAAAGGGACAACUGCGCCCUUCUCUACAACCCUCGCCAGUCUGACUUUGAUAAAGAUGAAGUAGGGGACCGCUGUGAUAACUGUCCUUACGAACAUAAUCCUAACCAGAUUGAUACGGACCACAAUGGGGAAGGGGAUGCCUGUGCUAUAGACAUUGAUGGAGAUGAAAUCCUAAAUGAGAAUGACAACUGCCCUCUUGUAUACAAUACGGAUCAGAAGGACACAGACAUGGAUGGAGUUGGUGACCAGUGUGAUAACUGUCCCCUGCUGCACAAUCCUCUGCAGUUGGACAUAGACAACGACUUAGUGGGAGAUCAAUGCGACAAUAACCAGGAUAUCGACGAAGACGGCCAUCAGAACAACCAGGACAACUGUCCUUAUGUGGCAAAUGCCAACCAGGCAGACCAUGAUAAAGACGGCAAAGGAGACGCAUGUGACUUUGAUGAUGAUAAUGACGGUAUACCUGAUGAUAAGGACAAUUGCAGGCUGACCCCCAACGCAGACCAGCUGGACUCUGACGGUGAUGGACGAGGUGAUGCUUGCAAAGAUGACUUCGACAACGACAAUAUCCCAGACAUCCUUGAUGUGUGCCCAGAGAACAGCGCCAUUAGCGUCACAGACUUUAGGAAGUUUCAGAUGGUACACUUGGACCCGAAGGGAACCACUCAAAUCGACCCCAACUGGGUGGUUAGGCACCAGGGCAAAGAGCUUGUACAAACUGCCAACUCUGACCCGGGCAUUGCCGUAGGCUUUGAUGAAUUCAGUGCUGUGGACUUUAGUGGCACAAUGUACGUGAACACAGACAGGGACGACGACUACGCCGGCUUCGUUUUUGGCUACCAGUCGAGCGGGCGCUUUUAUGUAGUGAUGUGGAAGCAGAUCACACAAACCUACUGGGAGGACAAGCCAUCCAAGGCCUUCGGCAUCUCUGGUGUGUCACUCAAAGUAGUCAAUUCGACCACCGGUACUGGAGAACACCUCAGGAAUGCUUUGUGGCACACGGGCAACACUCCCGGAGAGGUACGCACUCUUUGGCACGACCCCAAAAACAUCGGCUGGAAAGAUUACACAGCUUACAGGUGGCACCUCAUCCAUAGACCAAAAACUGGUUUCAUCAGGGUUGUUGUGUACGAGGGUAAACAGAUCAUGGCUGACUCGGGGCCAGUUUAUGACAAGACGUUCGCUGGCGGAAGGUUAGGAUUGUUUGUCUUUUCACAAGAACUGGUCUUCUUCUCCGACCUCAAGUAUGAGUGCAGAGAUGAGCUGGAGUUGCCGACAAAGUUGACAAGAUAACUGAAUCAAGAUGGCAAGCGGGGAUCUCAAAGUAAACAUCACAUCUUCACUGAAUGCAUUUUCAACGUAAAUGAGACUUUCCGUACUCCUCCAUUUCUACCUGCUGGAGAGGAUAACAUGACUAUGAUUUCAUUUUCCGGGUGACUUGUAUGUAUGCGGUACGUUCCCUUGACUGGAGGGUGCACGGGAGGAUGGACAUACAGUGAGUGGACGGGUAGCAGAAACUACACAGAAUAUUUCAUUAUAACUAAUGUAAUUAUGACUACAUUUUUAAAGAAUUCAUUGUACAACCACUUAGAUUCUGUAUGUUUUCCUACACUAUGUGACCCAAAAUGUACUCUGUUUGAGGCUGUUUUUCUUGACGCUUGUACAGUUUGUCAUAAUAACAGUAUCAGUAACCAAAACACUAUUUUAUUGUUCCAAGUCAUUUCUUUGAAUCCUGAAUGUUUUUAAAAAGAGGACUUUUUGUGAACAACUGUUUUUAAAAAGCCAUUUUAGUAAAUGCCAAAGAUGUUUAUACUAAGUCUGUAUUAUAAUUACUUUUGUAAAUUAUUUAUGCUUGUUGCUUGUUUGGGGUAUUUUUACUUUUUUUUUUCUUUUUUUUCUAGAGUUUGUAAAUAUUAUUUAUUUGUUAACACUGACAAAGCACAUAAUUGAGAACCAUAAAUGUCAAGAAGAAAUAAGCACAUGUUUACAUCUGCUCCCAUAUUGGCAAAGUUUUGAAAUGUUCCACCAUUUAAUUUGUACGUAAAAUUGCACCGUUUCCUGAAUGCAACUGUAAGACUUGGUGGUAGAUUUGACAGUACCAUUUGUCUAAACAGUGGUAAAAUAAUCUAAAUAUGUGAUUUGGAGGCUUCUUUUCACCUUAGUUCUUUGGAUAAAAGUUAUGGUACGUGCUACACAGUGAGACAUUAUCACAUUAUUGGCCAAGAGUCAGAGGAAUAAUAUGCAGCAUUUACGGUAUGUGCAAUGUUUCGUUAACAGAAGAGAAAUAUUUAUCUACGAAGAAUAUAAGUUCUUCCAGGAUAUAUUUGCAACAUGGUCAUUCCCUUGCACAAAAUGUCAAUGUUUUGUACUUGUUUAAGAUUGUUCUUUUUCAUAAAUAAAUCACUAGUACACCAUUUUGUUCGGAAUCUUAUUGAAGCAGGACCACGGUGGCAUGGGAAUUGGGGUGCUUAGGGUACUGAAGCAUUCCCUGGUGUUCGUGAGAAAAAAGUGUUUUGG